AUGUCUGCUGCUGUUGGAGGUGCUCCUUCCCAUGGUCACAGCGACUCCGUAAACGGAAGACCACCCACUAUUCCUGCUAUUCCUUCUGUCAACGGCACCGUCGCAGUGCCUGAACAUCUCCGAAAGGCUUCCAAUGCCGCUGCAUCUGGAGGUUCACCCGCCUUCACAACCAAUGGUGGUGCUCAAGCUGGCGCGCAGAACAAGAUCCAGUUCGGCUCUCUGCCAACGGGCAACAAUAAUCCUUCUCCUGCCAUUGGCACGCCUCACCAAAACACCGCAAACCUCAGUGUGAAUCAACUUAACCCAAGAGUUCCAUCACCUUCUAAUUCGCCUUCCCCGAUCCCUCAGCCGGCCUCUGUCAGUGGUGGACGUCCUCCCUCCACUUUCCAAGGCCAAGGCAAUGGGUUCACCUUUGGACAAAUGCCUGGUGACCCGAACGAUCCUACUGGCCUCGCUCGGGGCGUUGCUCAUAUGCAAUUCGGACCUCCUCAAGAACACAUGCGCCGUGGUUCCACCCAGUCCAUUCACAGCGAUGUAGGCAAUCAAGGUCUGCCCACUGGCCCAGGCCGUGGCGGCUAUGGUGGUCCCCAAGGUCGUGGUAGAGGCUACAACCCUAAUUUCAACAACCCACAGAUUUCCUACUCACCAUCGCAUAACUUCCGUCCCCCGAACAACGGACGCAAUAUGCAAGGUGGCUACCCUGGUCGUGGCCAGCAGCUCCCCUACGCCGGCUCACCAGCAAUGGGCACCCGAAGCCCAGCUCUCGUCCACGCCCAACCCGGAACGCCCAACAUGGGCCAAGUACACAUGAUGACCCAAGUGCCUGGACAAAAUGGAUAUUAUCAAGGAGGACCCCAACAUGUAAACAACCACCACCCAUCUUUUUUUUCUUCUUCUCGCGAGCCCGCAAAGGAAAGAGGUAAAUCUACAAGAGGCCGUGCCCGUGCCAGUCGUGCCACUGCUCGCGGUAGAGGCUCUGGUAGAGGUGGACAUGAAGAAGGACCCUUUUACAGCAAAGAUCCAGCUUCAGACCACUACCGCCCUGACCUUGCGGCUCUUCAAAAUUCCCAAGCUACCCUUGUUGUCCCUGAUCUUUCCCCCGAAAGUGGCAAUUUUGAACAUUUUCUAACACAACGGCAGGGUUUCGGUUUUCCCACUCAAGCUGACCCAAGUAUUCAAAUGCUGUAUAAUCAACAAUACUAUGGUCAAGGCCCAAUGCAAGGCCAAUAUCCUCCUCAGUAUGGUAUGGGACCCCAGCAAUCCCCACGUCCACCUUAUCAGCAAGGUGUUUAUGCCCCCAACAUGCAACCUGGGUACAGUAAUCAAGGUGUUGCCCCCCCUUCCAUGUCUCGUCAAUCUUCUCAGAUGUCGGGACCUGAACGUCCUGGCUCAAGCGUUGGGCAACAAUCCCACACACCGGCUCCAUCUGGUCCACCACACCCAACUGCCCGUACUCCUAGCGUGUCUGCCCCCAAGACAAGCUACACGAUUCCUCCCAAAAAGAGUGCCGCCAUCAUCAUCAAAAACACUGCAGGUGAGGUCGUCUCUUUCGGAAAACCUCCACCAUCUCCCGCAGCCUCCACUCCAACUCUUCCUCCACAAUCAGCUCCGACCCCCCCAAGCCGCACGGCCAGUGCUGCUGACAAUUCUCACGCUCGCACUGAAAGUGUCAGUGCCAAUAAGAGCGCUGACGAGGCCAAGAAGUCGAUGCAAGAAGCCAUUGCGAAAAAGAUUGCUGAGGACGAGGCCAAAGAAAAGCUCGCCAAAGAGGUCGCUGACAAGGCGGAGAUGGACAAGAAAGCUGCCGCGGCCGCUGCUCAAGAAGCCGAAGAGAAUAAGGCCAAAGCAGAAGCUUUGGAGAAAGAAACCAAGGAAGCUGAAGCUCGUGACGCUGCCGCUGCCGCCAAGAAAGCCGAAGAUGAAAAAGCUGAGGCUGCUAAGAAGGCUGAAGAAGAAAAGGCCAAAGCUACCGAAGCCGCCGAAGCAUCCAAGCAAGAUGAUGAUGACGAGAUUGAUUACGACGCGAUCGAACGUGAAAUCGCCGAGCAAGAGGCCGAAGAAGCAAGAAGAGCUGAAGAGUAUAACCGCAAAAAGGCUGCGGACCUCGAAGCCAAGCGAAAGAGGGAGGAGGAGGAGGCUGCUGCGUACGAAGCCAACAUGAAAGAAAUGGAACGCAAAGCCGAAGAGGCAGAGCUUGCUCGUGAAAAGGAAAAGGCCGAGGGCGCUUCUGUAGAUGAAGCCAGCAAGAAGAUGUUUGCUGAUCUGAAGGCCAACCCCUUCGGAACUCCUGCGUCUGUUGAAAGCCCAUCUGCUCAUACACCUGUUGAGAGUGGAAGUGCUACGCCUGUGUCUGACGUCUCGAUGCCACCCCCAGUCCGAGCUCCUGGCAAGCGCGGCAAAGCGGCUGAACUGACUCUCGAUACCAAGAAGCCCAUUGAACCACCAGAGCCUAGUGCUACCCUGAAAGCUCUCCAGGCUUCCAAGAGAUUGGCAGAUCUUUCCAAGGUCGUCUAUCCUGCAGACAUCGCAUCUCCCAGCCCAGCACUCAAUGCAAAUGCACCUGCGGAUCGGAAGUUCAAAUACGACAAAGAGUUCUUGCUUCAAUUCCAGAGUGUGUUCAAAGAAAAGCCUUCUCUCGAUUGGGAUGCUCGCAUACGGGAUGUUAUGGGUGAGGGCGACUCUGCUCGGCCUACUGGUUCUGCACGAACUCCAUCAGGAAUGGGCAAUCGCAGUGCUUCCUCUCGUGGAGCUCCACAGAUGGGCAGUUUUGGUCCUAUGGGCAGCUUCGGUGGUGCUCGUCCCAGCUUGCCAGCUGGCACUACCUCGGAACAGCGCUUCGCAGCUUCUAAUGCCGCUCUCAGAAGUGGUGCAAUGGCCGCCAACCCCUUCGCUCAAUUUGGUCGACCUGGUCAAAUGGCGCCACCUAUGGGGCGUACACCAUCCAACAAUCCUCUUGGCCCUAUUCCAGGCUCACCUCGUGUCGGAAGCACUCGUGGUGGUUCUCGUGCUGAAAGCAAGCGAGGCAAACAUCCCAAGCAAGAGAAUGAAAAGGCCAUGCCUCUGACAGCGGGUAUGAACAUUGGUGCUUUGGAGACUUCCUCCACUGGCUGGAAAGCUCGAAGUAUUGGUCAACCUACAGCCCCUGGUCCCGCACUGGGUGGUGAAGGCUUGAUGGAACCCGACGUUGUACAGCGCAAGGUCAAGGCUGCUUUGAACAAGAUGACACCCGAGAAAUUCGACAAGCUUGCCGAUCAAAUCUUGGAGAUUGCGGCUCAGUCGAAGCACGAGACUGACGGACGUACCCUUCGUCAAGUCAUUCAACUCACAUUUGAGAAAGCAACUGAUGAAGCUCACUGGGCCCCCAUGUAUGCGGCCUUUGCACGACGUAUGCUGGAAGCCAUGAGUCCCGACAUCAAAGAUGAAAACAUCAAAGACAAGAAUGGAAGUGUGGUCACUGGUGGUAACUUGUUCCGAAAGUAUCUACUCAACCGUUGUCAAGAAGAAUUCGAACGUGGCUGGAAGGUCAAUCUACCUCCCCGGGAAGAGGGUGUGACUGAAGAAGCUGCUCUCCUGUCCGACGAGUACUAUGUUGCAGCUGCUGCCAAACGUAGAGGUCUGGGUCUCGUCAAAUUCAUCGGUGAAUUGUUCAAACUCUCGAUGUUGACUGAAAGAAUCAUGCACGAAUGUGUUAAGAAACUGGUUGACUACGAGGGCACGCCUGACGAGGCUGAAGUUGAAAGCUUGACGAGCUUACUGCGGACUAUUGGCAGACAGCUUGACAGCUCUGAGAGCAAGGCGCAAGGCAGAAUGGACCUAUACUUCGAGCGCAUUAACCAGAUCAUUGCCAUUCCGGAUCUGAACAGUCGUCUCAAGUUCAUGCUUAUGGAUAUUGUCGAUCUAAGAUCCAAGGGUUGGGUCUCGAAGGAAGACGACAAGGGUCCAAAGACUAUCCAGGCCAUCCAUGCAGAAGCUGAACAACGGGCCAGAGAAGAAGAACUCAAGAGAAUUGCUAGUCAAGGCGGUCGUGGUGGAGGAGGAAGAAUGCCCAUGGGUCGUGGUGAUGCUCGCAGCUUCAGCCAGUAUGGACAAGUUCCACCUCCUGACAACUCCAAUCGCGUUGGUACCGAUGACUUGCGAAGAUUGGGCAACCGCAGCAAUCGUAACACCAGCAACACUGGCCCAGGGUCAUUGGGCCCAAGCUUGAUGGGUGGACGCACGAACAGUGGACGUCGCGGACUUGGACCUGGAGGUCUGCUCAACCGAGGAGAUGACAGCAACACCAGUAGUCGCACCGGCACGCCACCUGCAGGCAAAGAAAAGGAGAAGAAGGACGAAUCCAGCACAAAUGCAUUCAGUGCCCUCGCUGCCCUUGAAAAUGACGCACCUGGAUCACCUCCAUCCAACCCAGCAUCACCACCCACCUCCAAAUCACAGCCAGCCAUCGAACGAGAACGAUCGAGAUCACCAGAAAAGACCACCGGGUGA